AAAGCAUCCGCCCCGACCUGUCCGAUCUGUUACUGCCCCUCUCCUACUUGCCUUAAAUUCCCCUGUGUUGUGUCCACCUGUCGCUGUCCCGCCUCCCCCUGCCUCCCUCCUCCGUCUCGUGGCCAUGCUCGAGCGUCUGUCCCGCCGCUCUCGAUCCAUGCUUUCCCUGACGUUAACCUCUUUGGCUCUGGCCCUGUCCAUCCUGGCUCUCUGCACCUCCUACUGGUGUGAGGGCACCCACAAGGUGGUCAAGCCUCUCUGCCUGUCGCCUGUCAAGAUGAAGAACUGUGGUCAGAACAACAGUGAGCCUUACACAACAGAGAGCCCCACACAAAACCCUUUCAACCGCACACUGUCUCCAGCCAGAAGAGAUGAGCUGGACAAGAUCAGACAAAGACAGCUGGCCAAUGCUGUACACUACAUCUGGGAGACAGGGGAGGACAAGUUUGCCUUCAGAUAUUUCCACACAGGCUUCUGGGAAAGCUGUGAAAAGCAGAAUGAUGGAGAGGUGUGUCGCAGCUUUAUCGACUUAACUCCAGGCGAAACACAAGGUGUGCUUUGGCUGUCGGUUAUUUCUGAGUUUACAUAUAUCGGCCUGCUGGGGAUGGGCUUCUUACUGAUGUGCCUGGAAGUCAUGUGCUCCCACAAAGAGAUGCACGCACUAAAAAUCAAUGCCUUCGCAGCUAUUUGUACUGUGCUAUCAGGUCUUCUUGGGAUGGUAGCACAUAUGAUGUUCACCACAGUAUUUCAGAUGACAGUCAUUGUGGGCCCUAAAGACUGGAGGCCUCAGUCCUGGGAUUACGGCUGGUCGUUUGCUCUUGCCUGGGUGUCCUUUAGCUGCUGCAUGGGGGCUGCUGUCGUCACACUCAACUCCUACACCAAGACCAUCAUUGAGAUCCGCCGCAGGCAAAGACUCCGCUUGGACGAAGCAAGAGCCGCUGCUCGGGCCCCGUCGUAUGACGAGGUGGUUCCAGGAGGAGGGCUGUACUCCGUCAGCGGCCUGCUGCACUGUCCGGAUGGGAUGAUCGACGUGGCAUGGGCCCCAAAUGGCAGCGUGGUCGGAGUGGGAAAUGGGGACGUGCCGACACUGGUUUUAGUGGGAGGCUGUGGCCCAGAGGGGUGUGAGGACUGCGAGCGUGAGAGGGACCAGAUGGGCGUGGCCUUGGACCGGAUUGAUUCACCUUGUUAAGGAGGGCCAGCUAUUCACAUAAACUAAAAGGGAAAAAAAUAAAAAAUAAAACACUGCAUUGUUGCAGUGAUCAGAGAUGCUGGUUUGCUUUGACUUUUGAUUCCUUGGAACACAUUUAUGAGUCAAAGGUCAAUGAAAUUGCUAAACAGAGGUGGAAAGUGGGUGAUGAAUCGAGUCACCACCUGAUUUAAAAUGGAGGCUUCUUGCAUUAUGACUUGCACUGAGAGAAACAUCCAACCUUCACUCUGCAUCAACCUGUGAUGUCUGCUGUGUGACUGCAAGUAGCAUCUGACUGCUUGUUGCCAAGAUUCAGGUAUAUUUGGAGUUUGAAAAGGUCUAUCGUUGCAGCAGACCUCUCCCAGUUCUUAGGUUUUGACACAGAGAUGCUUAAUAAGAUGGUUAAUAAACAAAGAAAGGAUGCUGCAAUAGAAGCAGCAGCUGACAAAAGAAAGCAGUGGAAAAUGACAUAAAUAUCCCAUUUUAAUUAUAUUAAGCUAUUGUUUCUUCAUAUUCAAAAAAAGACUCAAGUGGGUCUCACAGGCUGUAAACGACGCCCACUCAGUUAACUCAUAUCAAGACGUGAAGACUUCGAAGCAUGCAUCGCAUGAAAAUCUGCAUGUUAUGUGUUUCUGUGCCUGAUGAUGGCAAAGCAAAUGUAUGUUUCUACAUGUAAAAAUGCUAAAAUGUUUACCUUACUUUAUUGGUUACAAUGGACACCCAUCCAUUCGCAGCUCAGUGUUGGCAAAUUCACAUAUUGGCAAAUAUUUUGUGGAACGUGGCUCAAAAUUAUUUGUGGAAUUAACUUUUUGCUGCGUGAUAUUAAAGAUAUUAAAAAACAGAGCUUGGGAAGGUAAAACACCUAGGCGCAGUACCACCUGACACACUACUGGAUGAUGUUUGCAAAGUAGUCAAUCCUUGUCGCUGAUUGGCUGAACUCCUAAGAGCGGAAACAUGGAAGACUGAAAAUAUUGGUUUUUGUAAAAGUGCCAAGAUUGUUCUGACUGUGUGUUUUAAUGCAUACUUGGGAAUAUUUGGAGUUUGAACAAUUAAAAUAGGCGAUUAUAAGCAUUUUAGAGAGGAACUCAAAUAUUUGCAGAUUUAGGUGAUUUUUGGUCCACUAUAUACCUUCAAGUCAGCAAUUAAUGUCACACUUUUGUCUCAACAGUAUAUAGAAUAUUUUAUAUUCUAUAUAUAAACUUGAUUCUUCUUU